GAAAAGUAAGAAAGAAAGAAAGAAGAGAGAGAGAGAGAAAAGAAAAGAAAAAAAAAAAAAAACAGAAAUCAAGAAAAUCGAAUAAAACCGGAAAAUAUAAAAUAAAAUAAAAAAAACAGUCCAGAUCUUUUAGACAGUGUUUUUGUGUUGUCUGCGAUUCCCUUGCCAGAGCUUCCCCUCCGACCUAGGAACUCCGAGGGGAUACUUCACACCUCCGCUGCAACGUGAACGCACUCUAGGAUUUUCGAGGAUUUUCUAAAAGGAUCAAAUAUGAAUCUCCAUCUCUUCCUCGGCCUGGUCUCUGCACUCGUAGGACACGUUGGAAGCGUGGCAAUCAUACGCCUCUCAGUGCCGGAGGUCGUCCAAGCCAACACUUCAGCGGUCAUCCUGGACUGCGAGUACGGUGUCGACGACUGGGAGUACUCAGGCCUGGUCGUCAAGUGGUACGUGGACGGUGUGCACCUCGUGUACCAGUGGAUUCCGCCCCGCCUCCCUCAGGCCCUUGGGGUGCUCAACGGCCGUGUCAACACCACAUACGAGGCCUCGAAGGACGCCUGGGCCAAGUACCGAGCCCUCUACAUACCCAACCCGGACCCCAGCCUCUCCGGGCAGUACUCCUGCACCGUCAGUACCUUCGAGGACGAGGACACACGCUCAGCCAACCUCCUGGUUUGGGCUCCGGCUCGGUACGUGGACCUGAAGUACUGGCGGCCAUCGGAGCACCUCGUCAACAUCACCUGCUUCGCCACGGGAGCUGCGCCGAGACCUAAAUUCACAUUGUAUACUCGGGAUACAAAUGGGACAAGGAAAGAGGUACCCGUCCGCGGAGUGAGUGCCAGGCGAGAGAACGGGCUCUGGUGGGCGGGGGCGUGGGGCCUCAUCGUGUGGGCUGAGACGGAACCCGACACUAUCAUCGGGUGUACAAUAAAGCUCCCAGGAACCACCCAUGGCGAGACACGCAAGAAGAUUUACCACCGAGAUCUGCCGAUCAUCACCACAACCACAACUACAACAGUUGCCACAACCACCACCAAGGCCAGUGAACCUCCCAGGCGUUGGUCGAAUAUGUCCCAAAAUGUGCCUACCACAACCAACAGUUUCUUCGAUUUUCCAAGCCUGUUUGGUGCAGCCAAUGGAGAACUGAAGACGUUGCCAGCCUCCCUGUGUACCGUCAGCCUUACGUCCGUGUUGUCAGCGGUGUGGUGGUUGGUGGCUCUCCCUUGAAGAGGAGGCCUUGCAAUACAAAGAUAUAUCAAAAGACUAUGAUCUACUUUGUGUGUUUGUGUGCGUGUGAGUGAUGCUUGAAGAAAGCGUAUUCUGCAGCCUUGCUGGUUGGCAAAAUAAAGACCUCCUCCUGCUUCAUGUCUCAGACUCUAGGGAUGUAACCCACCGUAUUUCGGACACCCGAGGACGUGCCCAGUCAGUCUCGGAUCAGCGUGGGAUGUAAACCAUAAUGUUUCGACAGCCUGGGGACGUUCCCCACCGAUGAGCUUUAACUUACUGUGACUAUUCGGGCCAAGUGUGAUUCCUACUGUUGUUGACACUGUUGCUGAUGUUGUAAAUUGUUCUCUUUAUAUUGCUUUUCUCUCUUUAGAAAUCCCUCUAUUUUGUUUUGUCUGCCGGACCCUUUUAACGUCACUUGGAAAUGAUGAUCAAUUUUGUUAUGUCACAUAAUUUGUGGAGAUGUACUGAUAUCAGGAAUCCUUUAUUAUCAUUAUUUUUUCGUCCUGUUCAUUUUCCUUAUCGUUAUUUUUACCAACUUGCCUCUUACUAUCGCCAGCACAACUACAAGCAACAUUGAUGAUGUAGCUACAGUUACAUCAAUAAAUAAUAGAUAAGGUUGAUACAGCAUUGUUGGUGUAGCUACAGGUACAUCAAAGAUACAUAGAUAAGGUUAAUACACUAUAAAACAAAAUAGUUCACCAUUUCUGUCUUCACACUUCUCACUAUGCAUACUCCUCCUAUUGCUGCCCUACUAUAUCUGCUACUGCUGUUGCUGCUACUGCUGCUUCCUAGUAUUCCUGCUACUGCUCCUACUUCCGUUACUAACAAACUUGUCACUGUGCCUCUACCAGUCAACAAUGACAAACAUCUCUUCUGCUUCUGUUCUACAAACAUGUAUCUCUCUCUGGUGUGCUUUGUCUGAAGUCACUCCACACCUAAACCACUGUUUCAACUAUAACCACUAUCACAGUUAUUGCUCCAGCAUCAUCACACUCCUACUACCAAACAGAUCUUUCGUUUCUCUUGUUACUACCACUUGUACUUACACUAUACUGUAACCAGCCCCGAUGUUAUGUCUACCACCUGUGACAACACUCUCUAUUGUACUGAUACUUCCAACACCACCUCAUUGUACCUACGUCAGUGUCUUUAUAAAUGAAAUUUUUAUUAAUGGGAAAUGUCUAACCUAAAUACGUGUUCUGUAUCUGUGUGAGAAUUGGAUCCAAUCCUGAAGUUUUACUCGCUUGGGUGAAAUUUGACUCAUUCACUACCUGAAAAAGGUGUUCGUCACUCUGCUCUUUGAUCAUAGGCUACAGGAUGCCAUUGUAAAACUUCAGCAUUUGGAGACGAAUUCUGAAACAAGCCCAUAUAUUUAUACAUAUAUGAGAGGAAAAAAAGAAGGGGGGAAUUGGCUGAAUGCUCACUUGGGCGAAGUGAUAAUUAGAUAUUGGAUAAAAUUGGUAUAAUAGAUUAAUACAUAAAUCAAAAACAGU